AUGCCUCCACAGCGCAAAACGCUUCAUGUGAGCGGAUCUACAGAGUCCAUCGGUGCCUUGGAUAUCCUGGCGCAGAUCAAAGUCGACUUCAACGAGAGCAAAUCCAUCCUCCAAGAGACUACCCGAUCGAAGGGUUCUUUCUUUUCAGCAUUUACCGCAACCCGCAAGCCUAGCGAUGGCGCUAAGAAUCUAGAGAAGACGAUUUCGGAUAUAAUAGCCAAGUUGAACGAUUUAACUGCCAGGACGGAUAUUCCUCUGGAUCGUCUACCCAAUGGUUAG